AUGUCCAAGCCAUUUGAUCCAGAGACCGCGGAGAACCUGGAGGAUAUGGAGAGACAGUUCGCUGUCAAGGCCGUCGAACACUUGAUGACAUAUUGGUCGAUUCUCGAGAAGGUCCGAGGGUCUGAGCUGCGCCUUACAAAGAUGGAUGACGAAAUCUACGAGCAUUUCAAGAAAGAGUUCCCCGAAUUUGACCCUGCCGAGACGAUUGAUGAGGACAAUAUGAAGAGCAAGGAGGGCAAGGAAAAGUGGAGGAACUGGGUGAACCAAUACGAGGACAAGAUUCACGACUUCAACUUUGGAACAAUGCUGCGGGCAAGUGCGAAGACGGAGUAUGACAGAGAUAACACCAUUUUUGGUGAGUGUUACCUGGAUCGACGAUAUCAUCUGAUUAACGAGGACCGAAGAACUAAUGAGAUUAUAGCUUUGCGCAUGCAGUUCUAUGCCAUCGAAAUUGCUAGGCAAGCUUACUUCUUUCAUGAAAUAAACCGCGCUGGUCUGAAUGACUGGGUGUAUGAACAGGCCCAAGGAAAGAAAUAG